AUGGCGGGCUUUGAUCUCAUCUCAUCAGUCUUCAGGUCAUUAUUCAAUCUUAUUGCGGUAAAUAGUGACGAAACAGAAGAGGAAGGUGAAUCUCGUCAAGAAUGUAGGCCGCUUAGUGAUGUGCACAUGCCCCUGCCGCAAGAUGAGGGAAGUGGAAGCGACGAAGAAGGGGAAUCAGAGGAGAGAGAGUUCCGUGACGCAAGUGAGAGUUUCGAGGCCGUUGAAGUUAUUAACAUGGAUGACGAAUAUGAAAGUGGCGAGGAAUAUCUGGAAGAGUCUUGUCUCAGACUCAUCGUGGCUCUGGGUCGAUGUAUGCCCCCCACUGCUCAGUCCAUGAUGACCACUGCCCGCUCCAAGGUUCCAACUAUUUCGGCUCCAGAAUACUCCGACUCGGAUUUAGAAAGCAUCAGUGACUAUUCCGAUACAGAUGGGGGUGAUAGCUGGUCAGUCAUCGACGAGCGAUAA